GACAGAGCCAGGCACGAAAAUAUCCAAUCAACAACAACAACGACGUUUUAAUAAAUGUAAAUAAAAGAAAAAUACUUAUCAUUCUGAUUGUAUUGGAAUUAGUUUUUAGGGGUUUUCCAGUGUAUUAAAGAGGGCAUGGAAUCCAAUUUCUGUGACAAUCAAGGGAUAUUGGCAUCAAGUGACCGUGAAGUUACAUCAUGUUGACAUCUAAUGACAUCUUGUAUAGCAUCGGUAAGGAGUUGUUCUGGUGUGACACCUGUGGACGUGGUCUGCAGGACUUGAUUAGCUUGAGACAGCAUGUUGCGGAGCACAUUGUUGAUGUCAUUGCAGACAAAAAUGACACCUAUGCCAGCCACACCUUACAUGCAGGCCUUUUUAGUUAUCAAGAAGCUGUAACUGAUGAAGGUGUGAAAGAAAAAAUAGAAGACACUACACUAGGACUAUCAGAUGUUGAGAAGACUUCCAAUCUCUAUAAUAUGUGCAGCAAUUGUGGAAAGGGAUUUACAACUCCCAAGGACCUCACAAAUCAUAUGAGGAUUCACACAGGAGAGCGGACACACAACUGCAGUGUUUGUGGAAAAGGAUUUGCCUAUAGUUCACUCCUCACCCGGCAUAUGAUAAUUCACACAGGAGAGCGGCCACACAGUUGCAGUGUUUGUGGAAAGGGAUUUGUCAGCAGUUCAAACCUCACUCAGCAUAUGAGUAUUCACACAGGAGAGUGGCCACACAGUUGCCGUGUUUGUGGAAAGGGAUUUGUCAAAAAUUCAUACCUAACCCGACAUAUGAGAACUCACACAGGAGAGCGGCCACAUAUUUGCAGUGUUUGUGGAAAGAGCUUUGUCGCCAGUAAAGACCUAACCCAGCAUUUCAGGAUUCACACAGGAGAGCGGCCACAUAUUUGCAGUGUUUGUGGAAAGGGAUUUACAACUCCCAAUUGCCUCACAUAUCAUAUGAGUAUUCACACAGGAGAGCGGCCACACUGCUGCAGUGUUUGUGGAAAAGGGUUUGCCAGGGUAUUGGACCUCACAUAUCAUAUGAGGAUUCACACAGGAGAGCAGCCCCACAGGUGCAGUGUUUGUGGAAAGGGAUUUACUUACAGUUUACUUCUCACCCGGCAUAUGAAGAUUCACUCAGGAGAGCGGCCACACAGGUGCAGUGUUUGUGGACAGGGAUUUGUCAACAAGUCACUCCUCACCCAGCAUAUGAGUAUUCACACAGGAGAGUGGCCACAUAGAUGCAAUGUUUGUGGGAAAGGGUUUGCCAAGGGCUGGGUCCUCACAUAUCAUAUGCGUAUUCACACAGGAGAGCGUCCCAACAGUUGCAGUGUGUGCAAAAAGGGUUUUAUUAGCAGUUCACACCUCAACCGGCAUAUGAAGAUUCACACAAGAGAACAGCCCCACAGGUGCAGUGUUUGUGGAAUGGAUUUUGUCAGAGGUUCACAACUCAACCGGCAUAUAAAGAUUCACUCAGGAUAGUGGCCACAUAGUUGUAUUGCUUGUGGAAAAGGACUUUUCAAGGGCUCGGCCCUCAUAUAUCAUAUGAGUAUUCACACACACAGGAAAUCGGCCACAUCGGUUCAUUGUUUGCGGAAAGGGAUUCGUCAUCAGUUCACUCCUCUUUCAGCAUAUGAGGUUUCAAUCAGGAUAGCUGCCACAUAGUUGCAUUGUUUGUGUAAACGGAUUUAUUUGUCAGUUCACAUCUCACCCAGCAUAUGAGGAUUCACACGGGAGAGCGGUCACAUAGUUAAAGCGUGUGUGGAAAUGAAAUUGCUAAAGGCUCCUUCCUCACUAAGUAUUUGAGGAUUCACACCGGUUGCGGCUGUACCAGUGAAACGUGUGUAGAAAGGAUUUGUCACAUACAUGUAUAAUCCGAUCUCAAUUGGCAUACGUGGAUUCACAAGUGAGAGCACCCUUUCAAUUGAAGUGUUCGUGGACUUUGUCACCAGAUUUCAACUAAAUUUGCACAUUCGGUUUUAUGCAGGGGAGCGGCUGAACAUACAGCGUUACUGUAUACCAAAAGCUCGUUCAAUCACAUCCUUCCUGAAUGAGACUGAGCACAUAAUAUGACACACCACAUAAAUCGUAUCAUAUUUUUGUGCGGGGUGAAGUUCCGACACAAAGUUAAUCUGGAUAGACAAAUACGGAGCAACAGCGAUGUUGCUUUUAUUGAUUUUUGCAAGCAGACUGGACUUAGAAUCUUAAAUGGUCGAAUUGGUGAAGACGCCGGCAUUGGCAAAUAUACAUUUGUUGGCCAUAGAGGCUGUAGUCUUGUAGAUUAUGUCAUUGCAUCUGAAUCCGUUUAUCAUUUUUUUACAUCCUUUGUUGUUCUCGACCCAAACCCAUUAUCAGACUAUUAUGUAAUUGAAUUUGUCUAUGAUAACAAUAUUAAUCAUCAAAAUUCAUCAACCUGUAUAUGAUGUUAAAGGUGGAGAUUAUGUAACUUUAGAUAGUAAAUAUAUAUGGAAUACUGAAUUAAAAGAAAAUUAUAGUGAUUUGACUAUAAAGACUAGAAAUGCUUUAAAUCAAAAUGACAUUGAGUCAAGUUGAUUCGACUUUGGAAAUAUAUUAGAUAGUGUUACUGAUAAUUUGUUUAAGAAAAAUAUAGUUAAGAAAAAUGAUAAAUUACCAACUCAGAAAAGCAAUGUGUGUUUCGAAUACGAUUGUGAAGUUAAACGAAAAGAUUUUAUGGUAUUUUUAAAUCGGUAUGGUAAUUGUAAAACUGAUGAAAAUCGAGAAUUGUUAGUUAAGUCUCGCUCAGAUUACAAAACGGCUUUGCAAUCUGCAAAACGAAAAUAUAAUAUUGAUCGCACCAAAAACUUGAAACAUAUAUACGUACUAAUGCUAAACUAUACUGGAAUAUGUUAAAAUAUGCUUCACAUGUAAAGUCCCCAAAUAUACCUUUGUCUUCUUUUGAAACAUAUUUUAAAGCUGUAAAUAAUCCAGACGAUCACUUUUUCAAUCCGGAUGAAGAUGUAUUGUACUUCAAUGAACGAUUUGUUAAUAAUGAAUUUCAUGCUAUGUUUGGUGGGCUCGACGUACCUAUAAGCAAUAUCGAAAUCACAACUGCCAUAAAGGAAUUGAAGACAGGAAAAAGAGCAGGUCCUGAUAUGUUCUUAAAUGAGUUUUUGAUAUAUGUCAUUGGUCAGUUAUUACCUUUUCUGAACAUUUUAUUUAAUACUAUUUUUGAUACAGGUUAUUUUCCAGAAUCUUGGUCGGAAGGAUAUAUCCUACCGUUACAUAAAAGGGUGUUUAAAAUAACCCUGAAAACUAUAGAGGAAUAACGCUUUAAAGUACUAUUGGAGAAUUAUUUACCAGAAUUUUAAACAAUCGUUUAACUAAGUGAGCAGAGCAAUACAAUGUUUAUAUCGAGGCACAAGCAGGUUUUCGUAGCGGUAUGAGUACUACAGAUAAUAUUUGUGUUUUACAUGGCUUAAUUACGCAUGUUAUUAAUACUGGAAAAAAAAUACUCUUGUUUUAUAGAUUUUAGUAAAGCUUUUGAAUAUGUAGAAAGAAAUAGUUUAUGGUAUAAAUUGAUUAAAAUUGGUGUAAGAGGUAAAAUGCUUACCGUAAUUAGAAGUAUGUAUAGUGGUUUUAAAUUUCGUGUGAAUUAUAACAAUACACUUAGUAAUGAAUGUACAUGUACGCUUGGUGUUAGACAAGGUGAAUGCCUAUCACCUUUCCUCUUCUCUAUGUUCUUGAAUGAUAUUGAAGAGUAUUUGAUUUUGAACAAUUUUGACGGAAUAGAUACUUACAUGACAAAAUUAUUUCUUCUAUUCUACGCUGAUGAUAUUGUUCUUUUUUCUGAUACAGGAGAUGGAUUACAAAAAGGUCUGGAUUUACUUCAAGAAUAUUGUAAACGAUGGAAACUGAAAAUAAAUGUUCAGAAAACUAAAGUCAUAGUGUAUAUAAAAUCUGGAAUGUUGCCAUGAAAUUUGAAGUUUGUUUUUAAUAAUGAAAAUAUUGAAAUGGUUAAGUCUUUCUCCUAUCUGGGUAUUGUAUUUACUCAAGGUGGGUCUUUUAGCGAAACUCAGAGUACGUAUGCUAGUAAAGCACAGAAAGCAAUUUUCAAAUUAGACAGUUAUUUAUUGAAUUUCACUGAUUUGUCUAUACUUCAUAGAUUCGAUUUGUUUGAUUAACUUGUUGUACCUAUUCUAAGUUAUUCAUGUGAUUUUUUUUUAUAAUGCUCUUAAUAUUGAGAGAGUGCAUACUCUAUAUUGUAAAAGAAUUUUAAGAGUUAAACGUUCCACACAAAACGAUUUCGUAUAUGGCAUUUUAGGUAGAUUUAGUUUAGCAAAUCAAAGAUAUAUUAGAAUUGUUAGAUAUUGGUUAAAAUUGUUAAUCAGCAAUGACAACAAAUACACUCUUAUAGUAUAUAAUAUGUUAAAAGCUGAUGCAGAUAUAUACCCUGAUAAAACAUCUUGGGUUACUUUAAUCCGAGAUUUACUGACCUCAAUGGGCUUCUACGAAAUAUGGCUUUCCCAAGGAGUCGGUGAUAUUGAUGUGUUUAUGUAUGUUUUUAAGCAACGUCUUCAUGAUAAUUAUAUCCAGUUAUGGCACCAUCGUCUGGAUAACUCGACCCGAGCAACGUUUUUUCGGGAGGUAGUCGAUUUUGAUUUUCAAACGUUUCUUAAGUGUAUAAAUGUUCAAAAAAUCAGGAUUGCUUUCACUAGAUUAAUGGUUUCUUCUCAUAAUCUAAGUGUUGAGUCUGGAAGGUGGCAUAGACCAAUAAGUAUCCCAAUAGAAGAUAUAAAAUGUACUGUUUGUGAUAAGCUUGAAGACGAGUUUCACUUUAUUUUAGAAUGGUCAUUAUAUCAUGAUUUACGCAAACAAUACAUGAAAAAAUAUUUUUGGUGUAAACCUAGUAUGUUUAAAUUAAAGCAGCUGUUUGAAAGCAAAAAUGAAAUUGUACUUCGGCGUCUAAGCAUGUUUAUAUUUCAAUGCUUUGAAAUCAGAAAAUCUGUAAAUGAUACAUAAUUUGUAAAAUACACCCUAUGUCUCUUUUGAUAGGGCAACGCACAAUAUUGUAUUAGCAUUCGUUCAUGUGUAUUGAGUAAUAUAAUGAUAUGAUUUCUCGUUCACCAAGUCUCUACUUGUAAUUUAUUGAUAAAUAUUCAACACAAUUACUGAAAUAUUAUUAUAUGUGUACUUUUGUAACACAUGUGUUUAUUGACAGAUCACGGUGUCUCUUUAAAAACAAAUCGAAAAACGAAAUGUGUUCAUGCAUGUUGCGUAUCUUUUUGGGCAACUUUGUAAGUAGUCAUUAAAUUAUCAACAUAAUUUUGUCUUUUGAAAUUUACGAUUAUAAAUAAUAAAUGUAUACAGAUUCGGAUAUACGAGAAGCAAAUUAUUGUGAUGUAUAAUAAAUUAUGUGUUAUUUGUAUUAAACCGUUGUAUAUAUUUUGUGUU